AUGGGGUGGUGCGGCGAGGAGCUGCUGGCCGCGGGGCUGGGGGACGGGGCGCCGCUCUUCUUCCUCCUCCUCCUCUUCCUCCUCCUCGUCCUGCUGCCCGGCUGUUGGCGGCCGCUGGAGCUGCGGCGCGGCCCGGGCCAGGUGGGCUACCUGCCGGACCUCGGCCCGAGCCGUGGGCUCUCUGCCCGCCGCUCCCGUCGGCCCGGAGCGCUGCCGCCGCCCUACCCCAACGGCUGGUACCGCGUCCUCGACUCCGCGCAGCUGCCCCGCGGCGCCGUCCGCAGCAUCGCUCUGCUCGGAGAGCGUCUCGCCGCGUUCCGCACGCAGGACGGCCAGGCCCACGUGGUGGAUGCGUACUGCCCACACCUGGGGGCUGAUCUCGCUGCCGGCGGGCGCGUCGUGGGCAGCUGCAUCGAGUGCCCCUUCCAUGGCUGGCGCUUCCGAGGAGAAGACGGAAAAUGCACCCACAUCCCAUAUGCUGGAAAAGUGCCAGAUUUUGCCAAGGUGCGGAGCUGGCCGUGCUGCGAGGUGAACGGGAUGCUGCUGCUCUGGUACCACUGCGACGGGACCGGCCCUGAGUGGGCUGUGCCUGAGCAGCCGGAGAUCACCACCGGGGAAUGGGCGUUCCGGGGGCAGACGGAGCACUUCGUGGAUGCACACAUCCAGGAAAUCCCCGAGAAUGCAGCUGACUCAGCUCACCUGGCCUUCCUGCACGGCCCAGCCAUUCUGAGCGGAUCCGACCUGAGGUACACCAAGUCCAGGCUGUGGGACUUCAUGAAGCAUGUCUGGAAGGCCGAGUGGCGGCCGGAGCCGGAGCCCCAUGGGCACUGCUCCCGCAUGCAGCUCCAGCACACGGCCACCAUCUUUGGGAAGCACUUCCCCUUGCUGGACUUGUCAGUGUCAGCCCGGCAGGUGGGGCCAGGGCUGGUCUUCCUCAUCUUCAAACACGCGUUUCUGGGCCACGGGAUCAUCCUGCAGACGGUGACGCCCCUGGAGCCUCUCCUGCAGAACGUGGUGCACAAAAUCUAUUAUCAGAAAAAUGUGCCGGCCAUCGUUCCCAAGUUCAUCCUGAGGGCGGAGUGCAUACAGUUUGAGCGAGACGUGACCAUCUGGAACAACAAGCAGUACCUGCCCAAGCCGCUGCUGGUCUGUGAGGACGCUGGCAUCCAGAAGCACCGGCGCUGGUUCGCGCAGUUCUACAGCGAGAGGAGCGCGCGGCGGCCGGUGCCCAAGGAGGACCUGGACUGGUGAGGGCCACGGUGCCCUGCAGGCAGCACUGAGCAAAGCAAGGAGUGUCGGCGUGGGCACAAGGAGCCCUGGCACUCCCCUCCGCACCCGCUGUGCUCAAGGCACCCAAGCCCUAACGCUGUCCCACGCUUGCUGUUGUACCUCUGCUGUCAUCUACGGGUGGAGCAUGGGCUUAAGACGGACAGAACUCGCUCUCUGUCCCUCUCUCUGGGCAGUUAAAUGAAAUGCUUUCCAUGUGAUUCUUUGUUGCAUCACGUUUCCUCUCCCAGCCAUGCUUGCUUGCUGCUUCUGCACCAUCCCCUCAGUUGGGGCAGGCUCCAGCUCCAUGGGGAAGCCUUGGCCAACGUCCGUGUGGCACCAGCGGUGUGGCUGCAAAGCCUGCAGGCAUCUGCCAUCCUCCCUCCCUCGACAGAGGCAGGGCAGCAGGCUUUCAGCUGCCCACCACGCUCUUACCAUUGGGCUUCCUUGGUCCCACUGAGCUCUGCAGGAGGGAACUCCGCAUGCACCCAGGCAGACAGCAGAGGGACUGUCCCAACGACCAAUUCACUUUGCAACAUCCCUGCAAGUCAAGGAUGUGCUCUGGGAACCCCUGCAUGCCAGCAGUGCCAUGAGCAAUUGGCUGUACAGAUCAUGGCAAGACCACAGGUGUCACUGUCACAGUGAUCAGAAAUGAAGCUAAUAUGUGGAAACUAGGCUGCAAAUCUGGCUAAAACUGAUCUAGACUCUCUUGUGCUUUGUGCCUAAAUGUUUUAUAGUAAAGGGCUAAAUUCUGCCUUGCUGCACAUCCUAGAGAUAGCUGUAUUCUCCAUAGCAAGAGCCUGCAGGAUUCUGGCAGCUACUCAGUGCCUUAGUCCAGCAAGAUCAAAUGCCCAAAUGUGAGCAGCUUUCCAAGUUGGUGGCUGCUUUGCUCGUGUGCUGCGUGCUUCUUUGUGCCUUCAGAACUCUACACUGUGCUGAGGUUUCUGGCUCCUCCUUUGCCAGUAACCCACAGACGGGGAGCAGCUCGUCACCCGCCCUGCCUAGCACCCCACGGUGCAGGCGGUGCCUUUGCCCUUCGCACCAUGCUACUGCACUGACACUAUUUUGCUAUUCAAUUAAAAAAACCA